AAACCCAAACUUUCGGACGAACAAAAACAGCAAAUGAAGGAAUGCUUCGAGUUGAUGGACCAGGACGGGUCCGGCGCAAUCGAUGCAGAGGAGUUGGCCGCUGCGUUCAAGCUCCUAGGUAUUAAAAUGAAGCGGGCGGAGCUUGCGCAGCUGCUGGCAGAAGUGGACCAUGAUGGCAGCGGCGAGGUUGAAUAUCCAGAAUUCCUGGAAAUUAUGACUGUCACUCUACAGCGCCUUGCGGAAGAGGAUGACGGUGACAAG